AGUAUACUGGCGGGCGAAAGAUGAGAAAGUCUUACUGGCUUCCGUUUUUCAAUGUGCAGUCGGGCCCGUCGCGUCCUUCUGUCGCACAAGUUGACCACUUACCCCAAAAAUACUCGUCCUGUGAAAACGGAUUAGUGAUCACUGCACAGUGAUCUUCGCUGUGUACCUUGUCGCUUUCCUCCCACCAUCUGUUAGUAUUCGCAGGCAUAUCGAUUCGUUCUAUUCUCGUCAGAGCCGGUAGAUCUAGCAUGAAACCAAUGCCUUGGCAUCUUUCGUGAGUGGGGGGUUUCUUCGCAUUUGCGGAGCCGUCCCCUGCCAUACCCCUAUUCGUCAAAGAAGGUUGCGAUACGUGAAAUCGAAGACUAUCUGGGCCGUUGGUUGUAGUCGCCUCCUCACACAAUGGCGUUUCUGGCUGCUGGCGAAUCUGAACACCUUCUUUUGCCGGGGAUGCGGCACUUGAGCCGUGCUGUUCGUCGCGAUGUCUUCCCUCAGUUUCGGCAGGACGCAAGGUGGCAACGGGUGCGACGGGUGCCUACGAAUCCAGGGGGUCACGCCGUUUAUGAGUCACUGCACGCGGCCGCUGUUCCCCCCGUCUGUACUAACAGACUUCCUCUAAAGGCCCAGCAACAUCUGUGGACAAUGUCGUUAGCCACAGAUAUUCCAUAUUGCCGAUGCUCCAGUCAACAUAUCCCGGUGUCUAGAGCCCCAAGGGUAGACGUCUCGGCCGCUUCCCUUGCGGCUCCCCUACUCUCACCUAGGGUUUCGGCCCGGUUCUUUCCCCCCUUGAGAGCGAGUCGGUCGCUCAAAGGUCCAAGUUUCCAUACCUCCGUGCAUGUGACAAGCGCUUCAGGGAUCGAGAAACUAUGUUGUUUGCCGUCAUCGAAUGAAACAGGGAUACCAACGACAGCGCCCCGCCUGCAAGAGCCGCUGGCGUGGUCCAUGAGGAGUGACAAACGGAGCCGGACUUCUUCUUCAGUGACCCGAACCAUGGCCGUUUCCCAAGAUCAUUCCACAGGCACUCGAGAACUAGAAAACCGCGCGUGUGGUUACAGCGUUUCUCAGUUCGUCCGCGCGUGCGCCGAAGUUCUGAACGAAGCCCAGUUGUGCCGAGUUGCUAUCAGACUCGUCGAGUACAAAAACCUAAAACGACAGAAACCCACCAGCAGGGACGCAGCCAUCCGUGCCAUAAGGAAGAUUAUACCAGCGAAAGACCAAGACCUGAUAGUUGAACACCUGACCCGUUGUAUUGACGCCAUCAACCCCGAUCAGUUCCACCGGCUGGCGAAGCUAGCGCGCUCGCGACAUUUCCCGGCUGACGAUAUCCACGAGAGCGUACCUCAGUCUCGACUUUCUGAUUACACAUCGGCUGCGCGGUUCUUAACGCGAGCUGCUUAUCCGGAGACCCAGAAAACAAAACCCAACGAGACCGGUCGGCGAAUUGUCGACCAAUACGAGGCCUUAUGCGACGUGGGAGAUAUCGGCGUAGCUGCAACAGCUGAUGGCCUUGUUCGGCAAGUGGCCCGCAGGCCACCGGCGCCAACACGUAUGCAGGAUAAACGCGUGGGGGAGUUUAUGGUGCAUAUCGAAGAUCCGUCGAUACCGGCUCCUGGCAGCACAACCGAGCGGCUCGUGUUCAUCUCGAAUAUCCCUCACGGUCCCCGAAAGAAAAUCCGAAAGUCGAUAAAGGAGGCUUUCGUAGGGUGUGGCAAGAUCAUCAAUCUCGAGAUCUUUGACGACCGACUGCGAACGGUGGAUGAAAGAGAUGAGGCGUCACUCCAAAAGCGUGGCGCAAAGGCAUCGUCUGAUAAACUCCGCGGCCGUUUUUCACCAAUCUUUGCCAUAGCAGAGUUCGACACAGUAGAGGCAAAACAGCGGGCGUGCAGCACUUAUCUUCGCAUCUUUGGCGUCCCUUGCAUAGAUCGACUUCUCUACGUUGAAGAUGCUGCUGACAAGAAGACACUUGUCGCAAGUAACCUGCCUUUUGGACUGGCUGCUGAUGAGAUUGCCCGCAUACUGGCAUAUGCGCUCGCAUGUGACCGAUCUGCGUCGUCGGUCCCAGCCAGCGUAUGCCGGAUCGAGAUGACGAAUCCCCACAUCUAUGGGUACAAGGACCUGGUCGUGGAGGCCCGCUCAGAUCGCCCGAGUCCGUACUUUAUUUGUCCCCCCGACGGUGCUGGAGCAGCGCAGAGGACAGCCUUGUGUCCUCAGAGUCCAGCUGAUGGCGCCUCUGUACCUGUCUGUGUUGGCGAUGGGUCACCAUCGCCAUCGCUCGUGUUGUCACAUUCGUCAAGUCACGAAUGCACAGAUGUUCAGGACAUUAUGGGCACGACUUCAGGGGUCGAUGAUGAGUCGCCGCGUUCACGAUAUUCCUCAGAAAGGGAUGUGAACUGCAUUCAGCUCCCAAGCAAUGAGCCAGAAAAUUUCACCCUCACCGGUAGCCCUGUUUUGUUGCCAGAACAGCAAGCACUGCUGUACUCUGACCGGCAAUUAGGCAGAGAGAGUCCAGCGUUCGAACUGGUCGGGGAUGAACAGCCGGGCGCGUUUAUCAUGACACCAAUAGGACUACAGGCAGAAGCCCCAACAACAGGGGCCGCAAACCUGUCCGGUGAAGCAACCGCUCCAAUCAGUGCCGCUCAGAAGGUCGGUGAGAGUGAAGGCGUUCCAGCACCUCUGGAAAACGAAGGGCGCAUUCAUUCAGGGGGCGUAGUGCCCAACGCACUGAACGCAGAAGAAUUCUCAUGCCCGUUACCCCCGGCGUUGGUGGAGUGCAGUGGGAAGGACGUCCGUACAGAGGAGGCUCCACAACAUUCGAUGGUCUCGUCUUCUGAACGUCCCCAAGAGUCUUCCUCUAGAACUGUACCCGACAGUGGAGACCAACACAGAUCUGACGUAUGUGCUUCAGCUCCACCUAGCAAGGCCGUAACAGACCCAUAUUUAUCGGCUGCUGCUGACCCGCCACCCUCUCAACAGCCAUAUUCGGUACAGGCAACAGAAAAUGCAACACAGUUCCAGGACGGCGGACGCCUCAAUAUAAAACUUUCGGAACCCAGUCGGUUCGAAUCCCUGUUUGCGGUUACCUUAAGCCAGACGGGCGAUUUAAACGAGGAGACGUUUUUCCCUGAAGAACGGUCCGACUGUGUUGAGGGACACUCGGCUGAUGUCAAUGCCGUCUUCCCUGUUCUCCGACACGACCAAGACAUGGCAAACGUCGUUCUACAGAAGUUCUUAACCGAUCGGCUCAACGCGCAGAAUGACGGAUUGUUUCUGUUGAGGUUUCCAUCCUUCGAGGCGGCUGCCGUCGCGAUCCGCAAGUGUAGAGGAACAGUUUUAUUCGACCGGCGAGCCCUUCUAAUCUUCUCACCUCGGCGCUGCAUCUCUGUCGAUGGACAGCUGGUGGACCUACCUCUUCGCUAG